AUGGCUUGUCAUACAAAAUUGCCCAGUAAGAUUCGCCUUGAAGAAGAGCUAGCUAUCAAAGGGGCUCAUUUGCUCGGUCCAAGCCUGGAGUCGAAAUUCGAUGAGCUUCGCUAUGAAAUAGUCAACAAGAUCGAGAAAGAACUCGUCGAUUCACAGAACGCGAGAGACUUUAUAUCGCAAAAGUACGACGAGCUGUGUAAUAAAAUACAAUAUUUAACCGAGUUGGAUGCCACCGUGACAGGCUUCAGGAGUGACGUGAAAUCGAUAGAGAAACACAUAGCGGAGCUUACAGCCAGAAUAGAUGAUAUCGAAAAGAGAACAAUAUGUAAAGAAUGCCCUUCGAUUACGUCUUCUAUGUUUUGA